AUGGCUCCUACCGUUUUCAUCGCUGGAAAGCACUACUGUGACCGUCUCAGAUACCUGCACUCUGACGGCAGCCGAGUCACAACCGCUGAUAUUCCCGGCGGUGGUGCACUAGUCAGUGACCUGUUGUCCCAGCUCAAGCGCAACUCUGCUGAACCUAAGUUUGUCAACCGUAACGACGGCACCGCCGUCCAAACGACCUUGGAGGUCCAGGAACUGCAAACAGAUCCACCUCGUCAUCGAAUCAAGUCACUCCUUAGGCUAGAGUGCCAAGCGAGUCGCUCAGGCGAAGAAUCGACUAUAAAAAUCAGUAAAGAUGAUCUCCUAGUGUUUGUAGAUCAACAUGAUGUGGGGUCGUUUGAAGUCGACCCCUGGUAUCGGAUUUUUCAACGAACUGGACAGGAAAUUGAGCCAUCAUCUUCCCAGUGGAAGAAACUCUACGAGUAUGCGACUACAGCCUGGCAGGAUAAGAUAUUGGAUCCUGGUUGGGAAGCACUCGGUGUGGUCAUCGAUGCCGAAUACCUCAGGUGGAAGCACGUCGAGAUUAGUCGUCACCUCUCCUGGGGGCAAACCACGGAGGAUUUGUUCCGAAAUUUUAUCUUCAAGAAACAGGUUAAACCAGAGCUCGAGGCUCUCCGAAAAACUCCGAAUUUGGUCGUCCGAUUUGAUUGUGACGGGGUUGUCCACGUUGAAAGUUCCACGACACAGGACGCGAAAGCAAAGCUCUACAUUCAGAAAUCGGAGAACUCGGAAGGAGACUUCAUUCAGUCCACACCUGGACGCACACCAGCCGUUGCCGCUGGAUUCAUGGCUGGUCUGGUUAGAUCGUUAGCUCAAAACAGCCAGGCUUACGAGAGAGCGAUCCAAUCUGGCUUGUUGGUUUCCCAGAAAGCGGCAUUGGCCGAAAUAAACCUCAAAGAUGAAAGUCAAAAUGGACUUGGAAGCAGCAAUUUUCAUUAUUAUAAGCUUCAUGGUAUGGAAAGCUUGGAUUUUCCAACUCUCCCAGCUCCAGAUGAUAACGCUUCAGAGAGUACAUCUGAAGAUAGCCUGUCAGAAGGUACUACAGAUUCGGAGACUAUGGGUAGAGAUACUCCGGCUUCUGGGAGUACAGCUCCAGAGACUGCAAGUGGGGAUAGUGCGGCUUCUCAUUCUCAAGGCCUCGCUAUUCAAGUUCCGGUUCCAUCGUCCCAGAUUAAAAACCAUAGGGGAUACCGCUGGAGUAUUCUCCAGACGAUCCUCGAAGGGGAGCGGGUGCAAUCGCCCGGACAGCUUGGAGCACAAAUUUUGGACCUCGCACAAGGAAUUACGAAUCUUCGGGCAGAUGAAGAUAGUCACAACGCCUCUAUAACUCAACCCAGCAUUUUGGACUUUCCCGAAAGAACAAGACAGAAAAUCAGAAAAUUUCUGCAGAAUCGGGCAGCUACACAUGCCUCAGAUUUAAACCGUGCACUCACAGCUUAUGUGAACUUGCAAACAUCAACUGAACUUGCAAGACUGGAGACCAACAUUACGAGUUUUCUGGAAGAAUAUGUGAAGUCUCAUGAACAAGACGACAUUGCAGGCGUGCAAGCCGGAAUUGAGUGCCUGCUCAGCCUACAAUUUACGGGCAUAUUGGAGGAAUCAAGAUCCAACAUCCAGCCCUUCGCAAGCAAAAUUAUCCAAGGUCGAUUAACCCCAGAUCAUAACGACAUACAAGCUAAAAUCACUACGUUGGCACAGCAACUUGUCACAAAAAACAGAACCGAUGAUGAGAAACUUCACUGGAAAACCAAAGAGCUUGCAGAUAAGAUUGUGAAGGAAGGAUGCAAGACGGCGCUCGCCGGGGUUCCUACUGCUCGGUUCGGAAGCCUCAUGACGGCAGACCGAGAGGAAAAGGAAAGCUUUCGAGCGAUCGCCAACUUAGUAAUAGAAUACCUGCGAUCGCCAAAGGAGAAACCAAUUUCGAUAGGCGUCUUUGGCGCACCCGGUUCAGGAAAGUCGUUCGGAAUCAAGGAGGUUGUCAAAGCUGUUGCCGAACGGGUAAGCAACGGGGGGAAGAAAGUCAGCAAACCAUUGACCUUCAACCUGUCCCAGUUUCGGGAGUAUAAUGACCUAGUUGUGGCUUUCCACACGGUCCGCGACAGCGGGCUGUCUAAUGAAGUCCCGCUGGUGCUUUUCGACGAGUUUGAUAGCGGCUUUGGGGAGACGAAACUGGGGUGGCUUCAGUACCUCCUGGCACCAAUGCAAGAUGGCAAGUUUUUAGAACACGGCCAUGAGCGACCGCUGGGGCCGGCCAUCUUCGUUUUUAUCGGUGGCACAUGUUCAACAUUCGAGGAUUUCACCACUGACCUGGCAACCAAAGACGCAAAAGACGCAAAGAAGCCGGACUUUGUCAGCCGACUACGAGGGUUUGUGAAUAUUCAGGGGUCCCAUUACCGCCCGACGGACACCGACUAUAUGUACCUCAUUCGUCGUGCUAUCCAUCUACGAGCAAUGCUGCAGAACCGACUUGGCUGCAAGGCAAACGACAAGAUCGAGUUGGACGACGGAGUGCUGAACGCACUCUUGACUGUGGCGCAAUUCCGCCAUGGUGCCCGAUCUCUCGAGUCCAUUAUCGCAAUGAGCCAGUUACAUGGACAAAAGGUCUUCAGACGCUCUGCACUGCCUUCUGCGAAGCAACUAGGUCUUCAUGUUGACCAUAAAGCCUUUGUCAAAGCUUUUGAACCUGAAAAUCAUGAUGCAAUCGCUCGCGUUAGGAUCGCAGAAAAGAUUCUGCCAGCAGCAGUCCAAUCUCACGGACAGGAUGAUUUCCGACAGCGAAUUGCCAGUCAAAUUUUGGACAUGGUCGAUAACAACGGGGCCCGCUUGGUUCCAACGCAACCGAGCACGGAUGUUACGCACGACGAGGAGCUUGUUAAUCACUUGGCCAAGUACCGGUAUAAUGCCUUCAAUCUCAAUAUAACUGAUGAUGAGUGGCAAUCCUAUGAGGACAGUGAUGAGAAAGAAAAAUACCAAACUUCCAUUCGGGAUAUACUCAAGCUUCUUAACAAAUGUGGUUUUGCUGUUCAGAACGGAAGUUAG